AUGAUCAGAAGGCAACACAUGGAAGAACAAAGCAACACUUCCUCUAUCCUGGCCCCUGACUUCCUCCUCAUCUGCUUCCCCAACUACCAGACCUGGCAGCAUUGGCUGUCCCUGCCCCUCAGCCUCCUCUUCCUCCUGGCCAUGGGGGCCAAUGCCACCCUUCUCAUCACCAUCAGGAUGGAGGCCUCUCUGCAUGAGCCCAUGUACUACCUGCUCAGCCUUCUAUCCCUGCUGGACAUUGUGCUCUGCCUCACUGUCAUACCUAAGGUCCUGGCCAUCUUCUGGUUUGACAAUAAAUCUAUCGGCUUCUCUGCCUGCUUCCUCCAGAUGUUUGUCAUGAACAGUUUCCUGACGAUGGAGUCCUGCACCUUCAUGGUCAUGGCUUAUGACCGCUAUGUGGCCAUCUGUAAGCCUCUACAGUACCCAUCCAUCAUCACUGAUCAGUUUGUGGUUAGGGCUGCCAUCUUUGUAGCAACCAGAAAUGGGAUUCUUACUAUGCCCAUCCCCAUACUUUCUUCCCAACUGAGAUAUUGUGCAAGAAUUAUCAGGAACUGCAUCUGCACUAACAUGUCUGUAUCCAAACUCUCCUGUGAUGACAUCACUUUUAAUAAACUCUACCAGUUUGUCAUAGGUUGGACCCUGCUGGGUUCUGAUCUCAUCCUCAUUGUCCUAUCUUAUUCUUUCAUUCUGAAGGCUGUACUCAGGAUCAAAGCAGAGGGAGCUGUGGCCAAAGCCCUGAGCACAUGUGGUUCCCACUUCAUCCUCAUCCUCUUCUUCAGCACAGUCUUGCUGGUGCUAGUCAUCACUAACCUGGCCAAGGAGAGGAUUCCUCCGGAUGUCCCCAUCCUGCUCAAUAUCCUGCAUCACCUUAUCCCCCCUGCUCUGAAUCCCAUUGUUUAUGGGGUAAGAACCAGGGAGAUCAAGCAGGGAAUACGGAACCUGCUUAGGAGGAGGUUGUAA